GACUUGACAGGUCCUGAUGUCGACUGUUCAUUAGCAGACCGGACUUAGCUCACCACAAUUAAAUUAGAGCAAUUAAAGAGAGCGGUGAAAAGAUCGAAUCAGUAAGGACUUUUGCUUUCCAGUGGAUGAUCCUCUUGAUGCCUCCAAAUAAAUCGCACGCCAGAGUGCAGGAACCAACCGUGCGUUUAUUUUAAUCAUGACAUUAAGUUUUUCGUCCUUCUCCAUUAAGGACAUCCUCACCGGUAGUGAUGCCAGGAGAAAGCCUGUCGCGAGGUGUACAGAGGGGCUGUGCGGACUAAAGCACAGCAGCUGCACCGGGCAUGAAGUCCCUGAUCUGUCUCAUCAAGACGCGUAUGAAAACCGCAUCCACUCGGAGAGACUUAGCGCUGAUCUCAGCCUGUCUGCCCGAUCCGAUACCUACAGCGAGGAGUCCACAGGAGAGGAGACUGAGCACAAAGAAGGCGCCGCAGACCAGCAACCACACAGCGAGGAGCGGGGUAGAUGGCAGAAGAAGGAGGCAGAGGAGGAUAUGGAGGAGGAAUAUCACCACAGCGGGGAGACGGUCAGCUGUUCACCCGAGGAGCGGCAGUGCAGGCCCGGUACCAAGAAGCGCUCCAGGGCGGCCUUCUCUCACGCACAGGUCUACGAGCUGGAGCGCCGCUUCAACGUGCAGCGGUACCUUUCAGGACCUGAACGGGCCGAUCUGGCGGAAGCUCUGAAACUCACAGAGACCCAGGUGAAAAUCUGGUUCCAGAACCGGAGAUAUAAAACCAAACGGCGCCAGAUGGCGGUCGAGCUGGCGGCGUGCAGCUCGCCAAAGAAAGUAGCAGUGAAAGUGCUGGUGAGGGACAGUCCGUACCAUCAGGCGAAUGGAGUACACAUCCCAGUGUCUGUGCCACUGUACCAGGCCUACCAGUACCCCUACCUGCACUACUGCUGCCAGCCCUGGACCAUGAACAGCAUGUCAUGUGGAGGGAUGCUCUGAAGCCCUCUAUUUACUCCAGAGAAUACAUGACUCUUGAACAAGUGUCUCCUUCAACCCAAGGUGUUAGCUGUCUGUACAGUCAGUGGAUCUUCUCUGUCAAACUGACUGAGUUUGUAGAGUUUUGUUUUUAUUAUGUUUUUUUUUAUUUUUUUUAACUAAGGCAGUUUAGCAUGCUUUUUCUUUUUAAUGCAAAACAAUAUCAGAACUUGGCCUGCUAGUUAGAGUUCAUAGAAUGCAAAUGUCUCUCAACAUUUAGAGAGGAAAGUAAAAAUAAUAAUAAUAAACCAUUUUAAAGUUAGAAAUCUUUGGAAUUUAAGACCAAGAUUUGGGUGUGGUUAUUAUUUUGCGAUGAUUUACAAGAAGAAAAUAUAUUUUAAAGGAUAAUGUUGACAAAAACUGUUCUGCUGAUCUGCUGUGUAGUUUUCUCUUAAUCUUAUCUUCUAUUUUAUUUAAUAAUAUAUGUAUCUUUUUAAGACAAAACUUCUACAUGACUGUGCAGAAAAAUGGGAGGUUUGUUUAUUUCUUUUGUUUACUAAGGCGAGGGUAGUCUGACUUGGGGGAGCAGACAAGGGUCUUUUUAUAUUUUAACAACCAGAUUUUAUAUUUUCACAUUCCCUUGCAGGAUUAUUUAAAACAAAAAGGAAUCAAAUAAGUCGCAAAUGAUGGUCAUCUAGUGUGGCAGUGCUCCAUAAAGGUGUGUUUUGCUGUAGCCUAUACAGAAGACAAUGAUCUUGUCUCUGUUUCAGGCAUUUAGCACACUUAAUAUUAUCUGCCAAAUGUAAUUUCCUCCUUCACUUUCUUCUGCAUCAUAACAAAAAGAAAGUUAUGUUUGCCAUAAAUUUGGGGAUCACUUAUUCUGCCUCUAAUCAUUUUAUUCCAUAAAUAUCAGGUUUGAUUACUCCGUCUUAAAUUCUUUAUGGUUUCCCUUCAGAUUCAUAAAAGGUCCAGUGUGUGCGAUUUAGUGGCAGUUAGCAGUGUAAUUGCAGAUUGCAACUACCUCGCUUCACCCUCCACUUACAACCGCUAAGAAACUAUGGUGGCUGCAAAACGCACUACAAACGCCACAAGCUAAUCUAGAGCCACUGUUUGGUUGAUCCCUUUUGGGCUACUAUAGAAACAUGGUGGUUAAACAUGGCAGACUCCAUGGAAGGCAACCUGUGGCAUCUGUAGAUAAAUGAAUCAUUCUAAAUUAACAAAACCUAAUGAUAUAUUCAGACUGUGUGACUAUACACUAAUGAAAAUAUAUCUAUGAAUAUUAUUUUCUAAUUCUACCAACAGAUCCUCCUAAAUGUUACACACUGGACUUUUAAUAGUGGGACAAGUUGUACCAACACACUGCUACAUUUUGUGAUACAGGAGGAAGUUAUUGCUGGUUUAAGUUAUGGGCAGGUUUCUAAUAAAAUAUAAACAAUGCCGGGGAGGGUGUUGCAACGGAAAUUUAAGAUUUAAUCCCCCUCUCCACCCCAGUAAUUCCAUUCCAUUACAAAAGUGGCAUUUAGUGGGUAAUCUGCACGGUAUCUUACAAUUAAGCACACUAAACAAAAACUGUAUGCUUUUUAUUCAUCAGUGCAAUUAAAUAAAUUUGUCAUUUUCCAUUAACACUGGAAUUAACUUCAGUGGGAAUGAAAGAAUGUAGCUGUACGUUAUUAAUUAUUUACAGAACGUAUUAGUGUAAUUGUACUAAAUUAGGUAGUGAUUCACUUUCGCAGUACGGACUCCUAACUGGGUUCCACAAGAGCCCAUAGGAUGAUCUGUUGCUUUUCCCCUCCUUAAUGACUGCCAGGAACAGUCCAUUUUAAGCAACCAGACAGAGCAGAAAGGAAUCCUGAAUUUAUACAAACCCAAAGAGAGAAAGUAGCUUACCUCAGCGUGCGAGUAGCGUGACCGAGACUCUGACAUUUUUAGUAGGCAUUUAUUUUAUUUAUGGGACAUCUUUAUUGAUCAGGGAACUCAACAUAACACCUGCAAGAACACAUUCUCACAUAUGACGUUUAUGGACCUUUAGUAAUCUUAUAGAGAUCAUGUCUGUGUGUAUUUGGGACUUUUUUAAAACAGUACUAAAGCAAUAGAUUAAGAAGCAGUCAGGUUGGACACAAACAGCAUUAACUUACUGUAUGCUUAUUAAAAAGUGUGUGUGUGGAAAGCGAUAUGUAAUACCCAUUCAUGCAAAGAAA